AUGUUAGAGUUUUUUGAUCUGAAAGAUUCAAAGGUUAAAUUCAAAAACAAAACCUUAAAUCAGAUACUUGCGGUCUGGAUUCUUGCUGGGGCCUUGCCUUGGAGCCGGAUUGAGGAUUACCACUUACGCCUGGCCUUCUGGUAUAUCCGAAGCGACAUCAAGAUUUUCGGACAAACCUGGGUGGCGAGAGAGGCAGCCGGUAUGUAUACGUCUUUGCAAGACACUGUUUUGAAGGAGAUCUUGGGUUCUUACACAUGGAGCCCUAAAACCGACUAUGCUUGGUGUUUCCUCCACAAGAUAUCAUGCACAGUCAAAGGUGGUCUUGCUGAACUUGGUCAAUCAUCCCCUUCGCGAUUCCAGAUGUGUGAGUCAACCCUUGGUGUAUUUCCAAUCACUGGAAAGUUGCCAGUCAUUGCCGAAGAAGAAGAAGAUUACCAGCAGCAUUGGGCCCAAGUCAUCAACAUUGAUAUUGAAGAACAUGAUCUUGAAGUUACACCGGAAGAAGAAGAUGAGUACGAGACUGACCAUGACUCACAACAUGAGGUCAAAACCCCUGCUCCAGACUAUGAUGAGGAUCAUGAGGAUAAAAAGGAUGCUGAGGAUCCUUUCAAUACUUCAUAUCGCGCCGAGUCGCUCAAUCAGCCGCUUGGAGGCGACAUUUCUCAAGGAAGGCAAAGGCUCUCAACUUGA